CGACGGUGACGCGCACCGAGAGUUGCGGAGCGUGUGAGUCCUGAAGGGCAAAUAAGAGACCGGAGAAAACGACCUUAAACAUAUCAAGGUGCAUUUCUCUCAUUCUUAUUUCAUAUAGGCGCACGUGCAUUGCAAUGCGCAUGUUGACAAUGUAGGUUAUGUAUAUGCUGAACAUUUUAAUUAUAAGAUCUUGUGUCUGACAAGCAAAGCGUCAUCAUGGGUUUUGGUGGGCAUGAUUUCUCUGGUGACCUACAGUAGCACACGGGAUGCGCCGCACAAAGCGGGUCUGAGAUGCCGGAUGGGAGACGCAGAGACCUUCAGGAGGCUCAUAGCAUCGAUUCUUCAGGAUAUAUUUAUUUGUUACCGGAUAUAUUUCUCUGGACCAUAAGGACGCACUCUAGUCCCACCGGGAAUCUUGCUGCGAGGUAGCCGGUAUAAAUGAAAUGCACGGAAUGCAUGCAAAACUCUUCUAUAAAAUAACAUAUAUUGGGAUUUAUUGUAGCUAGUUAUUUGUAAUAAAUUCGCGCCACGACCAUAAGCAUCUCAAAAGCCUGAUUUUAUACUCAAGGAGUGCCAUGUUGUGUUCUUCAUUUACCUGAUUUACAACUGAAGAUAUUUCAUUUUUGUCUUUUUAUUUUCUCGUUAACCCAUGAAAGGGAUGACAGUUGCCUUGCUUUUUGAGAAACUACUGAGUAAAUUGUCAUUGUUUGGAUUAAAGAUGUUGGAUUCGGAUGUGAAAGUGGAAUAAUCAUUCAUAGAGCAUUAACAACUGUGAGGACUGGACGUUGGACCUGCUAUUUCUAACUGUUUCUGACUUUUUUGGUGAACUCAAACAAUGGGGAUCAAGCUGAGAGUUAUUCUGGGAAUGUUUCAGUUCGUCUCAUUUACCAGGAUACCAACACAAUGUGCCAAAACACCGUCAGACCAUUGGAUGCCAACAGAGAGCCACGAAUCUGGAGAAGUGGUGAGGUGGUUAGAUGUGUAUCAAAGAAGCGGCUGUCAUCCCAGAGAGACGCUGGUGGAAGUUUGGCAGGAGUUUCCGUGGGAGACACAUCAUCUCUUCCUGCCAUCGUGUGUAACGCUGCGCCGCUGUGGAGGCUGCUGCUCUGAUGAGGCGCUGGAGUGUGUGCCGUCUCAAACACACACACUUGUCAUGGAGCUCAUGAGGACCUCAUACAUGAAGCAUGAACUUGUGCAGCUGCCUUUUAUCGAACAUAACCAGUGUGAGUGCAGGCUAAAAGCAAAUCUUUAUGCAGAGCCAACCAGGCAAGGCCCACAGACAACAAGAAAAGGCAGAAAGCGACAAAGGGGGAAACCAAAACGAAAGAAACACAUAGGAAAAAAGCCGACUUUCGUGCCAACUACACCUCCUCCUCCUCCCUCUCCCACUCUACCACCUAGCUCCGCCCCUCCACCACCUGUCAGAGAGGCGUGUCCUCCGUGCCCCACCCGCAGGAUGACAUCACAGCCCCCUUCUUGUGAAUGCAGGUGCAGUUUGAGGAAGAUGAGCUGUACAAAGAGAGGGAAGACACUUAACCAGCACAGCUGCCGAUGUGAAACCCAAAGCGAAUAGUGAAAUCAAACCACCCGUAUAAUCCACCGAUCAAACUUUGCACAGCUUUGAGGAGGUCAAAGGUUUGCUUAUUCUUUUGUCAUGGACUCUGAAGUUUGGGUCUCACCCAGAAAGAGGGUUUGCGUUCGGGAACAAACCGCAAACCCACCCCCUGGCCCAUCUGGCUAUGCCCCCCACACCAUUAUGGCAGUAUUAGAUCCAUAUACAUUCUUUCUGCACUGUUUAUCCAUGUCUGUGCCGUGUGUACGGAUUUGGAAUAUCAUCAGAUCCUAUUGUUGAAGCUUUUUCCAUUAUGAUCCAAACUUCAGACCACCUUUAACCAUUUGACACUGUAUUAUGGACAUUCAGUGGGUCAAGCGUAUCGCUGGAAUAUGCAAUGCUUUAAAAGUAAACCAUAGAGUUCUCACUGAGCUUUAUCCAAAACUAAUUUUGGGAUUUUGUUCAGCUUUAAUGGAUCCUCAUAUAGGCACGGACACUCAGCUAGUGUGACGCUAAGGAUGACGAGUGUGCGCUGAGAACUUUCAAAGGGAAAACUGAAUAAGGAAGGAGUCUUUUUUCUACCAAACUACUUAAAGUGGAGAGCUCUUGAUGGGAUGGAUGUUGACAGACCUUCAAUGUUGAGAGAACUCAAGUGUUUGACUACACAAGCAGAAUAUCUCAUCCUGAGAACAUCCACGAUGUCUCCUCUGACCCUCCGCAUGUGAUAAAUGGAUGGAUGGGUCAAUUAGACGGAUCGACGGGUGUCUGUGUGGUCUGAAUUGUGCAUAAUAAGGAUCUGUGCGUCUAUCCUAAUUUAUUCCUGGCCUCUAUAAGUCCAUAAUGUGGCUUCACAGACUGUAUCAAUGAGUCUUUUUGUGUUUGUUUGAUUUGCUUUUUAUUCGGUUCCUUCCUUAGGGAAUUGUAAGCUUUUCCCACUGGCUAGCCAGUGAGAGGAAUGCCAAUCAUAUAGAAACCUGGCUAUAUUCCAUUGGUGCUCACCAAACACACGUCUUCUCUCUCCCACGCCCCCGAUCACACUCAUAUUUCGUCUCUUUCUUUAAGCCUUUUCACUUUUUCGUCUGCCUUUUUUUAAAAUUCUUUCUCCCUCACACACACACACAGUCAUGCGUACACAUACAAAUGCAGGCAGGUAAAUAUAAGCUUUUCUGUGUUGAUACUGAAAGAAGAGUUUAUUUUAUCUAUCUUGUUCGUUUUGUAAAGAAUACUAAUGUUAUUGUAGUCUAUUUUGUUUUAAAGAAUGUUUCUUUUGUGUAUCUCUGUUAAUCCAACCUUCAGAGUCGGGCUGAGUGUGAAUUUGACUAAAGAAGCUCGGAGAAAGUCUUCAGGAAAAGGGAAAUGCCCGUUCUGUGUGUGUUAAGUCAGUCUUAGUCAUCUCACAGGGUUGGGACUAUUAUGUAUUUAUUUUUUAUAUUGAGAUGCAUUUUGUAUUAUGCUUUGCAUAAUGUUUCUUUUGGGACAUUUAAUCUGCUGCAACUGAUGAUUCGAGAAUAUUCAGUAUUUUUGGCUGAUUUAUUCUGAGUCAUACAGCUCAGAUAAUGUGUCAGUCAAUGUUGAGGAUUGUUAGUUUCCAUCGAUGUCAGAGGCUGCGAACGUGAAAGAAUCACUUUUUUUUUAAUGGUGGUCAUUUAACCAAACACUUCUUUCCACCAUAUAUGUAGCAUUAUUGAAUGAAAUAGGAUUUUCAAGAGCAAGGCUGACCUCACUUUAAGUGAUUUCUCAGAUUAUUUGUUUAGUCAGUAUCUGCAAUAAUGUAAAUUAUUAGGAUCCCUCAGCACCCUUUCACUCUCCAGACUACCCAGAUAUAAGAUAUCCAUGUGUUAUCAGCAUUCCCGAGCUACUGAUCUUUGUUAAAGUCAACAUGAAAUGUAAUUUGCAACCCAUUUUACCUCUGUAUAUGAUGUAUGUUUAGUGAAACUAGACUUCAGUGAGAAAAAUGUGACCCUGGAUCACAAAACC